CAGAAAUACAAAGAAAACACAAUUGUGUCACUAUUACAGAUUUACAUCAACUGCCGGAGCUCUUACUCUCCGGCGUUCUCCGAUCACCAUCUCCGCCGGAACCACCGUCUCUGUCUAUUUAGAAUUUAUCAUCAUCCAGGAGUAAAAGGAAGUCCAGUUUUGUUCAACUAUGGGGAGAUUAUCGAUGAUCAUCGUCGUUUUCAUCUGCUCCUUUUCGCUCCUUAUUUCGGUUAAUGCUAGUGAUGGCAUACGACAGUUGCGGUUCGAUAAAAACAAGGGCGAGUUUAAGAUUCUGCAAGUAGCGGACAUGCACUACGCUAAUGGAAAGAAAACAAAAUGCAGGGAUGUGUUGCCUAAACAAGUCGCCCAUUGUUCCGACCUUAACACCACUUAUUUCAUCGAACGAAUGAUCCAAGCUGAAAAACCCGACCUCAUUGUUUUCACCGGAGACAACAUCUAUGGAACUGAUACAACCGACCCAGUCGCUUCCAUGAACGCUGCUUUUGCCCCUGCGGUAUCCUCAAACAUCCCUUGGGCAGUCGUGUUAGGAAAUCAUGAUCAAGAAUCCACAUUGUCGAGAGAAGGCCUCAUGAAACAUAUCGUCGGAAUGAACCACACCUUAUCGCAGUUAAACCCUUUUGGCGUUGAUGUUAUCGAUGGUUUCGGAAAUUACAAUCUUGAAGUACAUGGAACCGAAGGGUCGAGUUCCGGGAACAAAUCGAUUCUCAACUUGUACUUUCUCGAUAGUGGUGACUACUCUACGGUUCCCGCUAUCCCUGGCUACGGAUGGAUUAAACCGUCGCAACAGUUUUGGUUUCAACAAACGUCGAUGAAGCUUCAGAGAAAGUCGAAAGCUCCGGGACUUGCUUACUUCCACAUCCCAUUGCCUGAGUAUUCAAGCUUUGACUCGUCAAGCUAUACAGGCGUUGAACUCGAACCUGGGAAUCCCCCGAUUAGCUCUGCUUCAGUAAACUCCGGUUUCUUCACGACGCUGGUGGGAGCUGGGGAUGUGAAGGCGGUUUUCGUGGGUCAUGAUCAUCUUAAUGAUUUUUGUGGCGAGCUUACGGGAAUUAAUCUAUGUUAUGCUGGUGGAUUCGGGUACCAUGCUUAUGGAAAGGCGGGAUGGUCAAGAAGGUCAAGGGUUGUUGUCGCGUCGUUAGAGAAAAAGUCGAAUGGUAGUUGGGGAGCGGUUGAGUUCAUCAAAACUUAUAAACGCCUUGACGAUGGAAACCUAACUGUGAUUGAUGAUCAAGUGCUUUGGACUAAGACUCCAUCUAUGAAAUGGUAGAAAGAAAGAAACAAGUGUUGUACUUGUUUCAGUCAUCCCAAAAGUCUAAUGAAUACUUGUACCAACCAUAAAUCCCACAUACUAGUAGAAAAUGGACACUUGUAUUCAGUUCUAUGAAUUGUUUUCGUGUAUUGGUGUGAGUUACUGUAUCGAAAUUUCGGCCAUCAGUUAUUGUACUGAGGAUCCGAAGGCCGAGACUUGGUAUUGGUAUAUUGUAUAUAUGUAUUUGAUAAGUCUUGUAUUGUUUUGCCUCUUAAUAUAAAAGUUUAAUGAAGGACUUGGGUUGAAUGAUAA